UUUCCCUACGGCACGAUUUCACUCUUAUAUUACAUUGCCAGUACAGUUCAGCUUUAAUCUCUGGGACAAACUAGAAUCUGUAUUAUAUUGAAUUUCAUUUGUUGUAUUUAUUUAUAUCAGUCCAUUGCUUAAGGGCACCUUUGCCUCAAUCGGACAGGGUGGAUUUUGGAGUGGGUAACUUUUCGAGGUCUUUUGCAGCAGAUUCCUAAAUUCCCAAGGGCUUCUUUGGUGCUGGAGGUUGUGGUGGAGGAGGGGGCGGCCGGUCCCUCAGAAACGCACGUUUGCGCAGCAGACCGAACGCAUUUCAUGCUGCCAAGGUCUGUCCAGGGCACUAAACACGUCUGAAAAGCAGCACCGUGAAACUGCAGUGGCUGCUGCAUGAAUAUGGUUUCCUUGCCGGCUCGACUGCUGCUUCUCAGCGGGUUGAUCCUGCCUCUCUGCGGGACGGAGAAGACUCGACAGCGUGGGCUCCGCCAGAGGGAUGCUGAGAUCGGGGAAAGAUACACCAGCUGCCUGCAGGGACCUCCAGGGAUCCCGGGCCGUGAGGGGAACCCCGGCGUCAACGGCAUUCCCGGCACACCUGGCAUCCCGGGCCGCGACGGCCUGAAGGGUGCGAAGGGCGAGUGUGAGAGGGAGAUCUUUGAGGAGCCUUGGAAGCCCAACUACAAACAGUGCGCCUGGAACUCGCUCAACUACGGGAUCGACCUGGGCAAAAUCACGGAAUGCACGUUCACCAAGAUGCGCUCGGACAGCUCGCUGAGGGUGCUCUUCAGCGGUUCCCUGCGGCUCAAGUGCAAGACGGCUUGCUGCCAGCGCUGGUACUUCACGUUUAACGGGGCCGAGUGCUCAGCGCCGCUACCCAUAGAGUCCAUCAUUUACUUGGACCAGGGGAGCCCUGAACUCAACUCCACCAUCAACAUUCACCGCACCUCUGCAGUGGAGGGCCUUUGCGAUGGGAUCCAGGCUGGCCUGGUGGAUGUGGCCAUUUGGGUCGGCACCUGUGCUGACUACCCACGUGGCGAUGCCUCCACCGGCUGGAACUCCGUGUCCCGUGUCAUCAUCGAGGAGCUGCCCAAAUGAGGGGCGACCCCCCAUGAGAGAUCCCCUGGAGGGAAGCGAUCGGCGACCAGCCCCCCAGCCAUUGCCAACCCGUGUGCUAGCAUCGGUUCAGGAGUGGUGGAGCAAAUCUGUCACUGGUGGGAAAUUAGGCAUUUUUUGUAAAGCUCAAAUGUUGUAGGAAAAAAAUCGUAGUUUUGAAUUUGCAAAUUUUAGCCUGGGCUAUUUUAUGUCCUGGAACAUCAGAUGCCAAUAUCACUUUUUAUAUAUCAAAACAUGCAAAUAAAAAUGACCUUUUUUUAAGAAAUAUAUUUUAC